UCAACAAUAUCAUUGCCAUUUGCCAUCUUUCUCCAAUCCUAUUAAAGCCCCCUUUCUCCUUUCUCUUUUCUCGACAUUACUGACAAAAACCAAUAGACUAAGGCUAUCUUUUAACUUCUCUUCCAUAAUCAUGGGGGCUUACCGUUGUUUCGAACCGAUUUCCAAAUGUAGCAGCGACGGAAGAUCGAAUCAGACGGUGGCUGCGGAUUUAGAUGGGACCCUUCUCGUGUCACAAAGUGCUUUUCCUUAUUUCAUGCUUGUUGCUCUUGAAGCUGGUAGCCUUGUUAGAGCACUUGUUCUGUUAACAUCCGUUCCAUUUGUGUACUUUACGUACUUGUUCAUCUCUGAGUCCGUAGCCAUUAAUACCUUCAUUUUCAUCACCUUCUCCGGGCUAAAAGUUAGAGACAUUGAGCUCGUUUCGAGGUCGGUCUUGCCCAAGUUUUAUGCCGAGGAUGUUCAUCCAGACAGCUGGAGAGUUUUCAGCUCCUUUGGCAAACGAUACAUUAUUACAGCGAGUCCUAGGAUCAUGGUGGAACCCUUUGCCAAGACAUAUUUAGGAGCUGACAAGGUUAUUGGAACAGAGUUGGAAGUGACGAAAUCUGGCAGGGCAACUGGUUUUGCCAUUAAACCUGGAGUUCUCGUCGGAGAACACAAAAGGGCUGCCGUUUUGAAAGAAUUCGGGACCAACUUGCCAGAUUUGGGGCUAGGAGACAGAGAAACCGACCAUGAUUUCAUGUCAUUAUGCAAGGAAGGAUACAUGGUGCCAAGAACCAAAUGCGAACCAUUGCCAAGGAACAAGCUUCUAAGCCCUGUUAUAUUUCAUGAGGGCCGCCUAGUCCAAAGGCCAACCCCUUUGGCUGCUCUGUUGACCUUCCUAUGGCUUCCUAUAGGCUUCAUCCUCUCCCUACUCAGGGUCUACACCAACAUCCCGUUGCCGGAGCGAAUUGCUCGAUACAAUUACAGGUUGCUGGGGAUCAAAUUGAUUGUUAAGGGUACCCCUCCACCAGCACCUAGGAAAGGCCAAAGUGGAGUCCUCUUUGUUUGCAACCAUAGAACAGUUUUAGACCCAGUUGUCACAGCGGUUGCCUUAGGCCGAAAAAUCAGUUGUGUUACUUAUAGUAUUAGUAAAUUCACUGAAAUUAUUUCGCCUAUUCGGGCCGUUGCAUUAUCGAGAGAAAGAGAAAAAGAUGCUGCCGACAUCAAGCGCCUUCUCAAGGAAGGUGACUUGGUUAUUUGUCCUGAAGGGACUACCUGCCGAGAACCAUUUCUGCUAAGAUUCAGUGCACUGUUCGCUGAACUCACUGAUAGAAUUGUGCCGGUCGCAAUCAACACUAAACAAACAGUUUUCCACGGGACAACAGUUCGGGGACACAAAUUGUUGGAUCCUUAUUUUGUAUUCAUGAAUCCCAUGCCUACUUACGAGAUCACCUUCUUGAACCAGCUGCCUACAGAGCUUACUUGCAAAGGUGGAAAAUCAGCCAUUGAAGUUGCAAACUACAUCCAAAGGGUGCUGGCUGGGACAUUGGGAUUUGAGUGCACCAACUUGACAAGGAAGGACAAGUAUGCCAUGCUUGCAGGAACGGACGGUCGGGUUCCAUCCAUGAAAGAAAAGGAAAAGGAAAAGGAAAAGGCUCAAGUACUUUAAAAAAAAAAAGAGAUGAUUUAUAUUAAUUUGGCCAUUGUUUUUCAUUACGUUAAAACUUUGUCUUACAAAUAAAAAAAUUGUUUGUGAUGCUAGUUAUAAAAAUAACAAAUAUGUAUAUUUUGCUAGUAAUUUGAAUACAUACAAAUCUUUAAUGUUUUAA